CCCGCAGCCGCAAGAAACAUUCGUCUGAUCCAUGGAAGAGGAUAUCUUAUCCUUGCGGAGACUCUUUUCCCACGCUGUUCUACAAUAUCAGAGACAGUCUAUAGCGAAGACAACGAGACAGCCUAUACAGUAUGAGCAUAAAACAUGUAGCUUGUUAUUUCAAUUAUGCUUCGCAUAAGGAAUGUCGGCUCUGUCCGAAGCUACCCUGAGCUACUACGUAUGUUUCUUACCUAUUUCUAUUCAGUUUAAGCCCCCCAGUGGAGUCCACAACCCAACCAACACUUGCUAUGUAUGUAGGAUGUAUGGAGUACAUCCCACAAGCCCACGAUUCACGCGUCUCCACCUCACCCAGAAACAGAAACCCCAACCAUCUUUCCUCCCCCAAAGCCACCGCCAACCGCAUCCACCGUCUUUCUGACCCAACCGGGAUAGUUCCAAGCCUCACUUCCCAUGCGGACGUGCGCAGAAAGAAAGCGACCGAACACUU